GCCUCACUGCCCUCAGGCCCAGGGAAGACUCCGAAGAGCAAGGGAAGCAGCGUAGGAUUGCUGCAGCACUCACGCGAAACGCGAAGGCGCCUUUCAACGUCACAGCUCUAGGAAUGCGCUCAGAGGGCUGGCCCUUUGGUAUCUAGUCUACUACAGGAAGCAAGACGUGAGCGAGUAGAGGGCUAGUGAAGUAAACUUUCGGUCCCGGACAAGACGCCGGAGGAUCUCUUCAGCUCAUUACAGAACACUGCGGCGAUCAAAUGCAAUUCAGAGCGCAGCGGUGAAAGAAGGACAGUCUACAUCAGCUAUAUCAAGCGGUUGGGUUUGGCUUGGCUGACUGCGCGCCAGAAGCUUGGAAUUCGCCCAAUCAGCAACCAUGUCGUUGUACGUAAAUCUGCAGAAUGAAGCAGAGGCAGCUUCUGGAAACAGUGUGCCGGUCGCCGGUGACACAGUCCUACAAUUUCAAGAGUCUACAUUCUCAUCUGGUCAAGCAACUGGAAAGAUGACUGGGAACAACAGGCCUGGAACCUCAGACGCCAACUUCACAACGCCUCUGGCGGGAGGCGCCAACAGUGGACCAGAGGGCGGGCAUCCCGCAGCGCGUGGCAGCAUGUUUUCGAUCAACUACUACCGGCCGUACUUUGACGUGGACACAGUGGAUGUCCUGGGGCGAAUUAAGGACUCGUUCAUCCCCAUCUCGGGCGACUUUGUGGAGAAAAACGCGGCCAAUCCUGACCUGUACGGUCCCUUCUGGAUCUGCACCACGCUGAUCUUUGUCACCGCCGCCCUCGGCAAUUUCGCCACGUUCCUGAGCUUCAAACCGACUGCCGCCGAGCCUAAGUGGCACUACGACAUCAACAAGGUCUCAUACGGCUCCGCCAUCUUCUACGGAUACAUUGGCGUCAUCCCCCUCCUCCUCUUCUUUGUCAUGAAGUACUACAGGGCGGCGAUCGGGCUCGUCCAACUGUGGUGUCUGUACGGGUACUCGCUCGCGGUCUUCAUCCCGAUCACAUUUUUGUGUGUCAUCCCAAUCGAGCUUGCGCGGUGGGGUGUUGUAGCUGCGGCGUGCUUGCUCUCGACCCUCUUCUUGGCGCUGAACAUCCGAGGACACAUUCUGCACACGACGGAGAACUGGUACCUCGUCGUGCUCGCAGUUGUGGCCUUGCAUCUAGCUCUAGGACUGGUUCUGAAGCUUUACUUCUUCACGUACUUCUCGUUCUCACUAUAGUGUGUCCACAAGGGGUAGACUGAUGAGACCUGUUUUGGAAUAUACCGUGAAAUCAAAACGGCGCACAUUUUCGAUCUGCUUUCAUCCAGUCCUUGGCCUGGACCUCUGAGCAAUCGAAUUUCGGACGGCAAUCAGGUCACUUGCAGUGUUGAUGCAUAUAUUCUGG